AUGCCGUCCCUGGCGUUACUGUACCUGGCCCUCACCGUCUUCCUCACCAGAGCUGUGGGAACACUACAGGAGGACAAGCGGGUUGAAAUCACAGAGCUGCUGGUGCCUGAAGCCCCCAGCGACGGAGACGACGUUACUCUGACCUGUCGUUUCCAGCUGGCGGGCUCCGACCACGACCUCUACACCGUCAACUGGUGGAGAGGCAAGGACCAGUUCUACACCUACAAGGGCACCACCUUCGACCCCAAGCACGCCUAUGCCUUCCGCGGUAUUCAAGUGCAGAAGGAGAACUCGACACAGGAGGUGGUGGUGCUGAAGAACGUCUCCCAAGACACCUCCGGAGUCUUCAAAUGUGAGGUGAUGGGUGAAGGGCCUUCAUUCCGCACAGCUGUCCAGACCAAAACCAUGACUGUUAUUGUGCCACCUACCCAUGUGGAUAUAGUGUCGUGGAGAAGACCGGACCCGCCCACCUAUAGUGCCGGGGACACCAUCCACCUCAACUGCACUGCAAGAGGUGCCAAGCCCAGAGCCACAUUAUACUGGGAAAUUAAUGGGAAAUCGGCACGAGAGCUACACCUCGAGCGGUACUCCGACUUCGAGGACAGUCGAGGGAGAGUAAGCUCGACCUUAGGGCUCCGUUGGAGAGCGCCUGAGUACUUCUCCAACAACGUAGCGCGAGCAGCGUGCCUUGCUGUGGUGGCGGGCCGCUCCACCACCACUGCUGUGAGGGAGAUCUAUCUCCACCCAGCCUCCAGCGCCGCUUUCAAUCACCAGUACGCAUCCGCAGGGUGUGAAUUGACAACGUCGUGGAUAAUUCUGAGUCUCGCCGCUAUCUCCAUCGCUCAGAAUUUCCCCUAAACCAGAGGCAUCGCUCAGAAUUUCCCCUAAACCAGAGGCAUCGCUCAGAAUUUCCCCUAAACCAGAGGCAUCGCUCAGAAUUUCCCCUAAAACCAGAGACAAACAGCAGGAAAGGAGGAAUCAGGUCACCGUCUCUAUCGGCCGGAAUUCCCCUUAAGGCGAGGAUUGCUGCAGCAGAAUGGGGGAGGAAGAGAAGGUGAAGAAGGAGGAUAACAAGACAGAACGAAGAAGGUUAUCAUGUUAUAUCUUAAUGGAUAUCAAUUGAUUAACGAAAA